GACGGCGCUUGCGCUGGUCUCUCCGGGUCUCCCUCAUGAAGGACGCCGAUUGGCUUCCAUCCCGACCAGCCUAAGAGAAGCGCCAGGCCCAUCCUGAAGAGCCACUGUGAAUCCAGACCCGCGAAAUGCUAAGUCCAGCUAGUGACAAUUAGGUAGGUAGGUAUUGCACCGUGUGCACCUCGCCGAUUUCGAGCUGUGGCAAGUCGCUUCCUUUUCCCCACGCUAUGGGGCUGGCGUGGCGAACUUUCUCCUCGGGCGCAGUCGCGAGGGAGGUAUUGUACAUACAUGCCUCAACGGUCAGCAGUCACGCUGAGGGGCGAUCCCCUCUUCUCCCAGCUGAUCACCCGUAUUACCACUCAAGCGAGAGGACGGUUUUCCAAGGUAGUCUGGUUCAAAAAGAUCCCCCUCUUGAUUUGUGUGCAUCUCUCCUCACCGGACAUCUCCCCCGGAAACACCGUCCCACGUUGGCAUUCAUAACCACUAACGGCUCUUCGUAUGUACCAUCAUGCUCCGCGUCAGCUGGCACCUGCGGGCGUGUACCGCCACCGAGCUUGUGCAACCGGGGGGUUUCACCCUCGAGAUCAGGCAGUUCCCUAUUCACCAACGUCGCUACCUGUUUGCUCGGCUACGCGAUACCCGUACUAGCUCGCGGCGUGUCCUGGGUCUAUUGGGCCUCGUGCAGUGCUUUUCCGCCGCCUUUACUCCUCGCCGCCCAAUCGCUCUGGCAGGAAGUGCAAGGCGGGAAUGCCAAGGCUAAUGCCACAGACGGAAGGCGCAGCUGCCGUCCUUCACGGAGCCUCUCCAAUCUGCCGGACCGUGUCUUACUGCGGAAUAGGAAGUACGACGCCGCAAUGGGAAGAAAAAGAAAUAUCUAGGGGGGGGGAACGAUAUCCGACUAGCUGCAAGAUCCAGGAUACAUCACUUUCUUCAAUCAAAAGAAGUAUAAUACCAACAUUCCGAUUGGUAUUUCCCAAAGAAGUCUAAUUAACGCCUCGAUGGGCAAACUACCAAUCUUGCCUGAAUCAAGCCCUAUUGCGCUGUGGAACGGAACGGGAUCGAAGAAAGAGGCGGACCAACUUCCAGCCACUUAAACAGCAAUCGCCUGCAUAUGCAAGGAGAGCGACAUAUUGCCCUAACAACGAGGCCCAGCCCCAUGAGCUAGUAAAUCCUCGCGAAUUUGCGAGGUGGGGAUAACGAAGCGCGUUCGGGACUAU